AUGGCCAUCCUCUCGCUCCUCAUUGCCUGCGGGGCCGGCUUCUAUGUUCUCGCCCGGGUCCUCGGCUACACGGUCGGCACGGUGGUCAAUAUGGUCGUGCGCGGGCGCAGCGGCUUCACCCGCUUUGUCAAUCAGGCUGGACUACAGGAUGUUCACCGCGAUUUGGAGGGCACCAUCGAUCAGAUCCACUCCAUUCGUCGGGAUCUGAGCUUUCGUGGAGCCAUCCAGCAGGCCGUCUUCUCUGGUGGCGCCUCGGCAUCAGCCCAGCACUAUGUUCCACGCGAGCGAGUUACCCCGGCACCUGGGCCCGAUGGCCCGGCAGCCUCGAUCCCGGCGACCGGCGGUGCUGCUCCCUUUUCUCCUCUUUCCCCGGCCUCGCAGGCCGCUCCACCCGAGCACGGGGGCCAGGCGCCCGCGACAGUGGCCAGCAUCCUGACCGCGGCGGCCAGUCAGGCCUCCCGACCGGUGGUCACGCACAGCGACCCAGGGUCCCUGAGCCCGGCUUCUCACUCUGGGACCAUUUCCGGCGGCCAUCGUCCGAUGGCCACGCCCGGGGAUGCUCUUCCCGGCGGAGCGGAUAUCGUGGCACAGUCCUUCGCUCGCUCGCUCCAGCGCCCACAGCGGCCAUCCUGA